GCUGGCAAUCGGACGCGUUUUCAAAACUUGCUCUCUCUCUCCGAUUUCAUUCUGGUUUUUGGCCGUUCUUCUUUGGUUUGGUCUUUGGUGCUUGUCAUCUGGCCUGGGAAAGUGCAAAAGUAAGAGGUGAGAGGAAGAAAGAGGCAGCAUCUGCAAGAAUAAUAGAAGAGUAACAAGCUCAGAAAACAGGAAAACAGUUUUGACCAUUCGCAGACUCGCCGUCGACCGAAAAUGAUCUUGCGAACGCCGCCACUCGCCGGCAGCCAAGUCCAGCUCCAUCAACGCCUGCCCUCCGUCCUGCUGCAGCUGCUCCUGCUCCUCCCGCUCCAGCUGCUCCUGCUGCCGCACUCCGUCUGCGAUGCCAAGACGGUCAAUCCCGGCGAUCCGCUGCAGGCGAUGCAGCACCACCAGAUCCAGCUCUCGCCGGAGGCGGCUCUUCCGGAGCCGAGGGCCUACAUGCCCGAUGCCCAGCACCUGGACUUUGUCUACCACGACCACGAGGAGCUCACCAGGUUUCUCAGAGCCACCAGUGCGAGGUACCCCAACCUCACCGCCUUGUACUCGAUCGGGAAGUCGAUCCAGGGACGGGAUCUGUGGGUGAUGGUGGUCAGCUCGUCGCCGUACGAGCACAUGGUGGGCAAGCCGGACGUGAAGUACGUGGGCAACAUCCACGGGAACGAGCCGGUGGGCAGGGAGAUGCUGCUCCACCUCAUCCAGUACUUCGUGACCAGCUACAACUCGGACCAGUACGUCAAGUGGCUGCUUGACAACACCCGGAUCCACAUCCUGCCCACCAUGAAUCCGGAUGGCUAUGCCGUUUCCAAGGAGGGAACAUGCGACGGCGGUCAGGGAAGAUACAAUGCCCGUGGCUUCGAUCUGAACCGCAACUUCCCCGACUACUUCAAGCAGAACAACAAGCGCGGCCAGCCGGAAACGGACGCGGUCAAGGACUGGAUAUCCAAGAUCCAGUUUGUGCUGAGUGGCAGCCUCCAUGGCGGUGCCCUGGUGGCCAGUUAUCCCUACGACAAUACGCCCAACUCCAGGCUGCUCAAAGGGAUCUGCCGUUCGUCCGCCCUGUGCGCGAUGUUCCAGACCUACUCGGCGGCGCCAUCGCUAACCCCCGACGACGAUGUCUUCAAGCACCUAUCACUCGUCUAUGCCCGCAACCAUGCCAAGAUGUCACGCGGCGUCGCCUGCAAGUCGGCCACGCCCGCCUUCGAGAAUGGCAUCACGAACGGAGCGGCCUGGUAUCCCCUCACCGGCGGCAUGCAGGACUACAACUACGUGUGGUACGGCUGCAUGGAGAUCACCCUCGAGAUAUCCUGCUGCAAGUUCCCGCCCGCCUACGAGCUCAAAAAGUACUGGGAGGACAAUCAGCUGUCCCUGAUCAAAUUCCUGGCCGAGGCGCACCGAGGUGUCCAGGGCUUCGUGUUCGAUCCGGCGGGCAUGCCCAUCGAGCGGGCCUCCAUCAAGAUCAAGGGUCGCGACGUGGGCUUCCAGACCACCAAGUACGGUGAGUUCUGGCGCAUUCUCCUGCCCGGCUACUACAAAGUGGAGGUCUUUGCCGAGGGCUUUGCUCCUCGGGAGGUGGAGUUCGUGAUUGUGGAGCAGCAUCCAACGCUUUUGAACGUAACGCUGCAGCCCUCGAAGUACCUGGUGCCCGCCACGAAAUCUGCGAAGCGUCGCGUCAACGGAAAGCUAUCCACUGAAUAACUGAACAAUCGCGAUGCAGUCUCGAUUGAAUGGCCGGCGUGUAAAUAAUAGGUCAAGUGCUUUAGGCCAACAACGUGCUAACUAACACUCUUAAACCAAACACCUCGCUCACUUAAUUCCUUAACACCUUUACUUUAAUUUUUCCUUUUUUUAAUCAAGAUAUAUCCUUGUAGUGGUUUUAGCCAAUUCCUCCUUAAAUUUAGUUAAAUUUGUUUCCUACUUAACUUAACUUUAUAGCUGCAAGGGUGUAUAUGCAGUUCGGUUUACCGACUGAUAUUAUUUUUCUAAAGCUAAUACACGAGCCAACAAAUUUAAGGACUAACACCCGUAGCUUCUAAGAGCUUCCCUGGUAAAGGGUUUAAUUUGUAACCCAAUGGUUUUUUGGACCUCAUGCUGAAAAGACAAAAUCAAAUCCCAUUCGGGGAUCAAGAGGUGCGAUCCAGGGAUAACAUCUUGUUCGUUGACUUCGCAGCGCAUCGAGGGUAUUGGACCCAUGGGUCCCGCCGGAGUGGCCGUCGGCGGAGUGGGUGGCGUGAGCGGAGUGGGCGGCGUGGGUCCCGGCGGGCUGUACCGCCCGAU